AGAAACACCAGCAGAAAACCAUGCCCCACGUUUCGCAAAGAGGUUUACACGAUCGUGGUAACCCCGGGACAAACGAAUCAAGUGCUGAAAAAGAUAACUGCCACGGAUCCGGAUGGAGAUGUGCUGGUGUACUCGAUAGAACCGCCAGAGUUCAGAAAUCUUUUUGCUGUCGAUGCAGAGCGGCCAACUUUUCCGGACGGUACCGAUCUCACUGAAUUGAAAACCAGUCGCCUCUAUAGUUUUCGGGUAGUCGCGAGGACCACGGGAGACCCUAUCAUGUCAACAUUUACCAACAUCAGAGUACGGGUUCAGGAGAACGAUGCCGCUGUCGUCACCUCAAACGCGAUAGAGGGCACCGUUUCGACGGUACCCGCACAGACGACUUCUCGUUUGCCAUCAACACUUGGAGGGUCUUCCACAGGGAGCGAGAACUCGCUGGAGACUACUAGCACUCUGGAAACUACCACAUCGACGACCGCUUCAACGACAACCCAGGAGGAGGCUGACCACACGUCACCAUCAACUUCAGCACCUCCCAGA